AUGCAGCCCGGAGGCUACCACCCUCGUGCCAACACGGCCCCGCCACCGUCCGGCGCCGGGUUCCGCAACGGGAACAGCAGCAACAACAAUGCUCCGCCCUACCGCCCGCCGCAGGAGCAGAUGAUGACGACGCGGCAAAGGGAAGAGGUGCUUCUGGCGGCCGGCCGCCUCGCCGCGGAGUAUCUGGUGUCCAAAGGCGAGCUGCCCCCGCAAGUUUUGCAUAACCGGCCGCCGGCGCCGCGCCCGUUCCAUGAACGGCCUGUAGCACCCCGUCCGCAGCAUAAUAACCAGCCGCCGUUGCCCCUCCCGUUCCAGGAGGAGGAACGCCCGCUCGCGAAGCAGCACUUCCAGCCCCGGCCUCCGUCGUUCCAGCGUCCGUUCGCUCCCCGCCCGUUUCAACAACACCGGCCAAUCGCGAAGGCGAAGCGUCCCAGCCCGUUCUUCUUCCAGGGACGCCCGCCCGCGUUCCAUCCGCGCGCCCCCGCGGCAGGACCGUAUCGACCGUUCCAACACGGACGUCCGCCGUUUACAUCUGGCGCGCGCAGUGGCCCCGGGAGCGUGACGCAACGCCAGGGCGAUGGGAACGAUGCGCCGGCGGGAUAUGGGAGCAACGUGCAACAGGUGCCGCAGUCGGGUGCCACGGCUCAAAGCCCUCAGAUGAUAAACCAGCCGAACCAGAACCAAGGCUAA